UAUCAUUGGUAUUUUCUUGUGGAAAUCCUUAUUGUUUCUGACUCCUAACUUCAUUACCGAAUCUUCUGCAGGUGUACAUAUUAAGAAAAUGUAACGUGACAGAGAAAACUGUAACUCGUGUUAUACAAAAUCUCCCAACUGAAGUUGUACGAAAUGAUCAAGAAGUGGGCACCCUUGAGCAGGCUAUUGAAGCACAGCGACCCUCUUCUCUGUCAGCAAUAGCUCAAGAUAAAGACCAAGAGGCCCCCUCUAAAGAACAUCCUCAAAUUUUGCAGCAGGAAAAAACUUCAGAAAUAGAGAGAACUGAAUUAAAUUCAGGAAAAUCCAAACAUCUUCUAUUUUCUGCUUCUGUUGAUGGCAACGGUAUAGCAAGCUUUGAAGAGUUCCUCAUUGUAAUAGAUGAUUUUCUGAAGAAUAAGUACGACCUUCCUCAUAAUAUCAAGUGUAGCUACUACGAAUUUUGUUGCAGUCAGGGUGCAUUGCUCCAUAAUAAUAAUCUCAUGAAGGGAAUUAAUCCUGUUCUGGUAGCUGGAAGCAUCAUCGAGACUGUCAACGUUGCUACUGCAAUAAAAAGCUGUAAUCUCCAAACCUUUAAUGAUGAAUUUUCUGUAUGGCAUGUGAAACUGAAGUCCCUUAAAAUUCUUGGAAUGAAAGUUGAAUUUUUGGUCAGUCGUUUAGAACAUCUUCAAAGGGCUGCCUCUGACGCCGAAGCUGCCAAGAACAAGCAGCAAUAUUUGGAUCUGUGUUCGGAGCAUGAUGUCUCUGAAAGUGAGAUAAAAGAUGUUGAAGAGAAAAUCCGCGAAUUAGUUAGUGUUUUUGAUAAGUGUUUUGAUGAAAUCGAGGGGCUAAAAUUAGAGAUUGAGAACCACGAGUCCAGGUUUCAGAAACAGGUUAGUGCUCUUACUUUCUAAUCUCUAGUCUCGACUAGUUAUGUUAAUUAUAUGCAGUCAAUCUCAUUUUGUAUGUUUUCCGAGUGUAGCAAAGAGUUUAGUUUUUGGUAACAUCUGUGCAUUUUGGUUUUCUGAGUAAUCUUCUCAGCUUUUGUAAGUAGGUGUUAUUAUUUAGGUGAUAUAUUUAGAAAUUAGCUUAAUAUUAUGAAAUUCACUUAGUCUAGGAGAACAAAUUAGAACUAGAGAAAGUGAUUUGAUGGUAACAUUGUAAUAUGGAAAAGCUGUAAUCGCCUGAGUCGUGUAAUAUUAUUAAGUGGACAGACAUAUUUGAGGUUAAAGAACUGCACUUCUGUAUAUAUAGAUAAAUACUGAAUGAAGUAUGUAUCUUAUUUUCUAGUA